UAACAAUAAAGUGAUUUUGAGACAUUGUUAGAGUUUUCUGUAUUAUUUUUAGUCAUAAAUGGAGAACUUUCCUCUAUAGUGAAUUUGUGGCUUGCAUGAUAUGUAUGUUAGAUUUUGUAAAUUUAAUUUACCCAAAUAUGCUUGCGGCUUUGAACAACUUUUGCUCCUUCUGAUAUUUAAACUAGUUUUCUUCGUUAUUUAUAAACAUUACUUUUACCAGAGUUAUUUAGGUAGUGAUUGCCUCUUUUGUGAUCGAAGUCUUUAGUGCUAGUUGAGUUUUGUUGUUCGGUAUACAAAGCCCAUCUGCACGCAAAUGAAACAUGAAGUCCGAUUGAAUUUAGUAUCAAAUAAUUCAGAUUAAUUGUUUCAUUGUUUAUAUCAACCGUAAUAUUUGUUGCUUUGAUUAUAAUUUGUAGACGAAUUCGACUGCAUAUUAUUUGCAUACUGUAGUUUCAGAACAUAAACGCAACAUUAGACACCCUUGAAGCUGCUAAGCAACUUUCGCUUUGUUGUAAAAUUCCCCCCAAUCAUCAUUUUCACUGAUGGUCAUCACAUUCAAUCUUGGUUCAAUACACCUUUUUAAAGUGUAUCAGACAAAAAUAAAUGAAAAGGAUAGUUAUGGAGUUAUCGUACACCGAUUUUCGGACAACUCUGUGUCGUUAUAGCCUGUGUUGUCGAAAAUUAUUCCAACUUGAAACGACCCGUAUACAUGUAUUAUUUUAGCCUAUUUUUUACAGCUAAUCAGAUACUGUGGAGUACAUGAUUUAUAAGCCAUAUAGUUCACUAUAAAAUAGCGAUUCAUUAGUCCAGUUAUCAAACUGCACAAAAAGAAGGAGUUAGUGGGAAUUGAUUAGUUAUUACAACAUUCAAGAAGGAGGAAAAAUAUAUUGUCAUGAAAUGGGAAGAAUAGUCAGAUAUCGACACUGGUGUGAUCACCUUUAAGCUGUAUUACAAGGCACCUCCACUAAUUUCUUAAGGACACUAUUCAUUCAGUCUGCUAAGGUAAAACUAAAAGUCAAUGAUUUCAUGAAUACGUGUCACGUAUACAUUUGGCUUAUUUGAGGCUAUUUCUCAUCCAACCCUAUUACGACUUCCAUACAAUACAUUAAUCUAGCUAUGCCUUGCGUUACAUCGAUUUAGAUUUUCAACCUCUGUGGCUGGUACAAAUUUCUUUUCUAGAAUUUCGUAACUGACCUUAGCAUUGGUUAAGUCACAUGUAGACAACUAUCGAUAGUGCGUUUAUAACUUCAUGUAAUCCUCCACAAAUAAAAUGAAAUGAUUAUGUAUAGAGCAGUUUCACUUCUUUGGGUCACAAUGCCUUCAAAUAAGUAUAGUUUCUUUGUCCAUCUACAUUUAAAAACAAUUUAUUCGGCACUUUGAAUGCGUGGUGAUGUAAUUUAUGUAUCUCAAGACUAAGCCUUGAAACAGUUUUCCAAACAAGGUAACUUAAGAAUAACCUAAUAAGUAAAAGUGUACCAUUUCAAUCUUCAUUUGUUAUCAUUUGAGUUCACGUGAAAAAGUUUGCUGUUAUGAACCUCGGCAUCAGAAAUGCGGUGUAAUCUAAGGCUUGAUCGCUAAUUUACAUUGAACUUGAAAGCUUUCAUUUCAAAUGAAAUGGGGAAACUUAUUUCGUUCAUCUGCUCACAAUGUUUUUCAUGUCAACCCUACUAACCAAAUAUUUUUAAUAAUUAAAAUGUAAGACAACUAGAGCAGAGCAUACUUAUACUUAUUACAAUAUGCUGAGUUUGAUAGUUUUUUGAAGGCUUUAUCAACCCCUUAGUCAACAUCUUGACCAUACCAUUCAUAUUUGAAUUGAACUUUUAAAAAUGUCUGCAUGAUGCAGUCUAGUGAUAUUGGUGUGCUUAAAUACGUUACUUAUAAUUGUUUAGGUAAUCUGGAAUGUUCCAGUAUGCGGUAAUGGGACAAACCAUAGCCGUAUAAUAUCAGAAAGUCACAACUGUCCAACAACUAAUGUUCUUACAAUCUUUCUAUGCCUCAGUAUGAUGUCCAUUUCAACCACGGAACGGUCUUCUAUCCAAGUAUUUGGUCGAACAUCACUCAACUAUGCUUAUUUAAUAUUGUUUAUCAGUAUUUUGAGAUAUCACACAUUCUAAUUAUAUGCAUUUUGUUUGAUUUGUAGGUGAAUGGGUGACCUUGAAUUUACCAGUCUCUUGGAAGAUGAAGAGGAUCAGGAUACGAUAUAUGAUCGUGGGAAAAAAAGAAUGUUCACCCGCGAAAUACGUUCGAUGUUGUAUGCUUUUGGUGAUGAUGAAAAUCCAUUACCUGAGACGGUCGCCUUAGUUGAAGAUAUAACAGUUCAACAUAUUCUGGAAAUGACUAAAAAGGCCCUGAAAACUGGACGACCAGGAAAAAUAUCCGUCGAGGAUGUUACAUUUCUUGUUCGACGUGAUUCGAAGAAAUUCUCCCGAGUAAAAGAAUUGCUGCUUCUCAGCGAAGAACUGCGACGUGCUCGUAAAGCAUUCGAAGAAAAUGAAUUUGAUGUUCUGA